AUGGCAUCCGCUUCUUCAAGUUCCGAGGACGCCUUUCAGUUAUUCGACCUGCGCGUUGAGGUAGUUUGCCCACCAGGCAAAAGAAUCAUGUGUGGCGCGAAAGAAGGAGACUACUUCACUUUGAAAGGCGAGAUGUUGUAUCUGCCACAAGACCAGGGCAUUAGCAUCUACAGCUUGUCGUCAGUGCUACCUCUACUGGCCGCAAAACAACGUGUGACUUCUAAAAACGACUGGAUGACAACCGAUGCAUUGAUUGCAUGUCCUGAUCCUUGCUGCCCUUCCCAGCUAAAGAUUGUCCGGGAAGGCAUCAGAACUUUCCGUCACUCGGAGACUACGGCGGUUCCUCUGAACAACACCGAUGCACUCCAAGUAGACGGCUUGUAG